AAUUGUCAUCCGACAAGUUGUCAAUGUCAGAUUAUUAGGGGGCUUUCUCACUGAGAUUUCCUUGGGCUUUGAUUUGCUGAAAGCCGAUAAUUUCCGGAUAAAACUGGGGAUAAAACCCGGCUGGGAUUUAAAAAAAAACAUACAAAAACAAAAUCUUUUCUUAUGAUAUUGGACGUUUUGCAGAUACAUUGACUUUUACUUUUAGGAUUGGAAGCGAAGAAAACAAAAUCGUCAAGAACCGGAGAUUAAAACACCCCAACCGGCAUUGUUAGAACUAUUCUGCAUAUGAUUUUCAUCCACCCGUCAAAAUGAUUCACAGCUUGUUCAUGAUAAACUCCUCAGGAGAUAUCUUUAUGGAAAAACAUUGGAAGAGUGUUAUAAGCAGAUCAGUAUGUGACUACUUUUUUGAAGCACAGGAAAAGGCAUGCAGUAAGGCUGAUGUUCCUCCCAUCAUUGCGACUCCACAUCAUUAUCUCAUCAGCAUCUACAGGAGUCAGAUCUACUUUGUUGCUGUGGUACAGACAGAAACUCCCCCUCUGUUUGUGAUUGAAUUCCUCCAUCGAGUUGUAGACACAUUUGCGGACUAUUUCUCGGAGUGUACCGAGACGUCCAUUAAGGAGAACUAUGUGGUUGUAUACGAGCUUCUAGAAGAAAUGCUUGACAAUGGGUUUCCUCUGGCGACGGAAUCCAAUGUUCUCAAGGAGCUCAUUAAACCUCCAAACAUUCUCAGGACGGUGGUCAAUACAGUCACCGGAAGUACAAAUUUGAGUGAUACCCUUCCCAGCGGUCAGCUUUCCAAUGUCCCAUGGAGGCGAAGUGGGGUGAAAUACACCAACAAUGAAGCAUACUUUGAUGUUAUUGAAGAAGUAGAUUGCAUCAUUGACAAGUCGGGUUCGACUGUAAUCGCCGAGAUCCAGGGAUACAUAGAUUGUUCUGUGAAACUGACUGGAAUGCCUGAUCUUACCAUGUCCUUUGUCAAUCAUCGUCUUCUUGAUGAUGUCAGCUUUCAUCCUUGUGUCAGAUACAAAAGAUGGGAGUCUGAGAGAGUUCUCUCCUUCGUACCACCUGAUGGUAACUUCAGACUUCUCUCAUAUCACAUAGGUGCUUCCAACCUUACAGCCAUUCCAGUGUAUGUGAAACCUAACAUCAUGAUGAGGGAGACGUCUGGCCGAUUUGAAGUGAUGGUGGGACCCAAACAGACUAUGGGCAAAACUGUUGAGAAUGUUGUCGUGACCUGUGACCUUCCCAAGCAAGUGCUGAACAUGACCCUGACCCCAAGCCAGGGUAGCUAUAGCUUUGACCCCGUCGGAAAGGUCAUGUCGUGGGAGGUCGGCAAGAUCAACCCACAGAAGCUUCCCAGCAUCAAAGGAAGUAUGUCUCUGCAGUCUGGUGUCCCACCUCCAGAAGCUAACCCAACCUUAUCAGUGCAAUUUUCCAUCAAUCAGCUGGCAAUAUCAGGACUUAAGGUCAAUAGACUAGACAUGUAUGGAGAGAAAUACAAGCCAUUCAAAGGAGUAAAGUACCUAACGAGAGCUGGUAAAUUCCAAGUCAGGACAUGAUAACAAAUUGUUAACUAUAAAUGUAUAUUACAGUAUAUAUCAAAUGUCUUACUUUGUAUAGUUAUUUAAAGGUUAUAGAGAAAGUACUUAUUUGUGAAACUCUGUAUUGUCUGCAAAAUUAUGUACUAGAUUUAUUUGAUGGAAGUGAAUUGUGCUACUCUUAUGUUUGACAUUACCACUAAAUAUUAGUAAAAGUGACAGAAGUUUCUCUGUAUUGCCUUUGUAUGAGUUUAUAUAUAGAUCUAUAGAAUUGAUUUGUAAUGUAGAUUUUUAUUGUAAAUGCACAUAUUUGUGUGAGAAGAUGCUUAUGAAAAUUGAAACUACACGAGUAUGAGCUGGAGCCGUCAUUCAUUUAUAUAGCAACAAAAAUGCAAGAAAUAUGAAUAAGCACAAUGGUUAGAUUAUCAGAUUAUUUUCAAUGAAUCACACUGUUCAUGACAAUCAAUUGUCUACUUGUUUAAGCCGACACUAGGAAAAAAUUCAUUCUUGCUUUGUCCUCCAUAAUAUUAAUAAAAAUAUAAAUUGGUUUAAAAAAGAAAAACAGCAAAUGAAAUGAUGAUAUUCGAAUUUGAUUCACACUAUUUAUGAACUUAUACCAUUGCUUUAGAAGUAUAGGCAGGCUUUAAUGUGGGACUUAGCACCCAAAUCCACCUGUCAUUAGAAAACAUAAAUUUUCAUUUGUAUUCUCCAUCACAAAUGUAAGUCCUACUGAACAGAAUAAUAGAAGUAUAUUUUGGAAGAUUGAACACUUUUACAAAGGUGACAAAGGACGAUAAAAUUCUCCAUAGAGUUACAUCCUGUCUCUUGUUAAUUCAAAGAUAUGAUGGAGCUGCAUACUCUUUGGUGUUCAGAAAUCCAAUAGUUUGGCAUAGUCAAUGAAUAAAAACUAGUCUACAUGUAGGUACAACACAGAUCUAAAUUCAGAGAAAUAUGGGUUUUCAUUUUGCUGCCAGAAGUCAAGAACAUUGCUCCUGAUUUUAGAUGUUCUUUAUUCCAGACUUCUACUCAAUUACCUUUUAUUUGAUGAAUAUUUUGAUGCACAAUUUUUUUUAAAUUUCAUUUUAAACCACUUCUAUGUGAUUUGAAUCGAGAAAAUCUUUGUUUUUAAUUCUGGUUUAAAGUUUUGUACAGUUUAUUUGGUCAUCACUGACACUUGAUUGUAUGACACGUAUUACAAAAAAUUAUAUCCCUUUCAGAUUGUACUCUUUUUAUUUAAAUGGGGGGGGGGGGCACCCAGUUUAUAUAUUAUAGAACUAGCAAUCUGUAAUUUUCACCACGGGUGGGGGUGGGCGUAGGGGCUAUGGUUCACUCAGAUUCUAUACCACUAAACUAUAUAAAUGGUGAUAAUUUUGUGGAGUACCAUUGUUAUGACAUUGAUGCUUAUGUAUUACAGUAGCUAUCCCCAUGAAUUACAAUAGCAUUUCUUUCUAUAGAUUAUAAUGUUAAUUUUAUAUAUUUGUUAGCACCAAGUAUGGAGAGUCCAAAACAUUCCAUAGUUACUGAUAUGUUUUCUCUCCAUACAUGUACAUUUGUGAAGUAAUGUGUUUGCCAAGUUCAUCUAGUCUACUUCGCCUAUGCUGUUUUCAUGCAAGUUAAAUAACCAUUUAAGUCAAUGGUCCGUCUUAUAUAUUGAUCUACUAUAAAGCCUUUCACUAAUAAAUUCUCUAAUUUGAAUUUUUUGUGUGAUUCACAUUCCUUUAUGCCUUUUCCAGAAAUAUUGUGGCAAACUCAGUAAUAUUUUUACAGUGUUCUAACAUAGUGAGAUAUAUUGUGCCAAAUGUGCAUCAUAUGGCUUAAAUCUAAACAAAUUGUCUAUAGCUGUGCUGAAAGAAACCAUGUCACAGUUAACUAUAAUGAUUUGAUAAUCAAAAGAUGACACAAGAUGUUAUUUUUUUCAAGUACGUACAUAUUUUGACAUAAAAUAUCUUUAUUAUGUUGUUCAAGAAUUAAGUAGUCCUCUUUUAAGUUGUAGCCAGGCAGUACAAAUAAUGUCCCUAUCUCUCUAUUUGUGUUUUAUUGGUUGCCUCAAAUGCUGUUUACUUUGUAUACAAAAUGUUACGGAGCUUGGUUGCCCCACGUCUAUACUAGCCAUUAUAAAUUCAAACCAUUUCUGUAUUUUGUACUGAUUUGAUGACAUAGGCAGAAAUAUACUGUAUUUCUGAGAAGAUGUACAUGCAGUGCAUGUACAAGAAAUUUUCUGUGCAGUUUAUAUUAUUGUAGUAUUGUGAUUAUGUAUGCUUAUGAUAAUAGUAAAUAUCAACAACAACAAAA